AUGGUAAACAUCUCCGCUAAUGCCGUUGAUUUCACUGCGUCCUACAUCGUCAUUCGGCCUGUGGCCACACUCUCGGUUAUGUUUUUUGUCUAUGGAUUCUACACACUCCUUUUCAUAAUCUACAUCCGUCUCCUCAGACACCCACGGUAUCGACGAGGAGAAAACCGAUCGACUUAUUAUCUUUGGUCGAACCUCGUCCUCUUCGUCCUUGCGACCGUGAUUGUUGUCCUGCAGACCCAAAGGACAUUAAGAGAAGCCCUUAUCGACUUUCAUGUUGUCAAGACUGGGGAUGUUGAGUCGCAUUUGGUGAAAUUCAAAACGGGAUCGGAUAUGUUGCAUCAAGCAUUGACCUCAGUGUCGUUUUAUAUCACAAUCGUAUCUAAUAUCGUAGCUGAUGCCAUCCUGAUACACCGCUGCUACACAAUAUGGCAAAAACGCAAACGAAUCCUCAUCCCUCUUAGCAUCUCCGUUUUCAUCGUCAGCGUACUCGGAUUCACAUCUAUGAUUAUGACCACGGUCGGAGGUCAGAAAAAUAGGAAUCCGAAGGUGGCUAAGGACGGGUCGUUAGUUCAGACGGUGUAUUUUGGUCUAGACGCGGCUGUUAAUUUUGCUAUUUCGCUUCUUACAGGUGCGCCCUAUCAAGUGUGGUCAGUCUCGCGAGAGGUUGGAGACCUCAUGGGGGCCAGUUCCAUCAAGAAGACAUAUCAAAGGGUUAUUGCUAUUAUUUUGGAAUCUGGGAUACUCUACCCAACCAUCAUCGUUCUACACCUGGUUUUCAGGAAUACGUUCGCAAAGGGUGGAACGCCCAUCAAUCUCUUCCCGCUUCUUACUUUGGUCGCUGGCAUCGCACCUACGUUGAUCGUCGUACGAGCGGGACUGGCCAGCGAAUCCAAAGACCCAGCAGGAUCUUCGGCUUUGAGGUUUACUGGUAUAAAUACACGGUCAGAACGAGAUACGAUCGAGACCGAGAAUGAACAUGCGAGUUCGAGUUCGACUCGGACAGAAUCGCGGUUCUCGUCAAAGCAGUGUGAGGUCCUGGGGAAGGAACAAGUUUGA